GAGUCUCAAACGUUGUCCUGAAUUUACGGUAACCGAGUUGAUAUUGUCACGUUGGCCAUUAUCGCUUUAUGUUCUCUUACCUGAAUUUUCCCGAAUGUUUAGAAGGGGACAUUGUUAAAGAUUGAAGACAGAAAAGCCGCAGCACCACUCAGUAGGAAGGUAAUUGGACAGUUUGCGCUCAGAAAAGUCCGAUGAAUGGCUGAAGAUUCCCCUAUGAUUGAGGUAUCGAUUCCGUCGCUGGAGCGAGAGGUAGACGAGUCGGGGAAAUUGAGAAAGCUCUUUAGAGUUGAGAUAUUGUUCAAUGGAAGGAAACACUUUGUGCUCAGAAGACACAGUGAAUUCCAGACGCUGCACAGAAAGCUGAAGAAGAUUCUGCAUCCCCCAGACUUCCCCAGCAAGAGGAGCACCCAUCUGAGAACCAAGCCUCUUGAGCAGAGGAGGCAGCAGCUGGAGGACUACAUUCAGGAUAUAAUUUACCAGUAUGAAGAAGUCCCUCAGGUGCUGCUGGACUUCCUGCAUGUGAAACAUUUCCACUCUGGGAACAAAAUAAGCAGCCUUGAGUAUGUACCUGCCUGCCUGCCUCUGUCCCCUCACCUCAACCAGCUACUCACAUCAGAUCAUUUGAUGAUAGUGACCCUCAGGGAUAUGGCUGUCAGCUGCAGCAUCAGCGUGUGGUGGGAUUCUGUCGUGACCCCUAUCUCCUGGAGUCCCCCUCAGAUCUGCCAGACAUCGUCAUGGAUGGGGUCCUGCAGGGCUUGUACCCCCGAGACAUCCGUGUCAGCUUCACAGCCUGCACAAAACCCAGCCUCCCAGAGAGACCCAGUCUGGCUCCAAGUCCAGCCCGUACCUUCAAAGCUCCAGCGAUUCCCUCUAUAUAGUGGCAGCCCGUGCAGAAGUCCUGACACUAGGAUUUUAAAUGGCCUUGAUAGUAAUUUGGAUUAAUGUCCAGUGUCAGAAUCGGCAACCAGUGGAGGCCCAUUUGCUUGUAUACUACCAUAUAGAUGUUUGCUUGACUAAAGUCACAAAUAUAGGCCAAUUGAAGGUUAAGAUAAAACGGGGUGGUUCCUGCUUAUAAACAAAACUCAAGUCUGCAAUUUGGUUUGUAAGCAGAGUUGAGUCCACCAUUAACUGCCUUAACUCACUCAAAAUGGCAUAUCGGUCACCUUCCAGAUGUGUCUAUCAGCUAUCCACAUACAACGAUUUGAUGCCUCAAUAGGGUGGCAGGUAGCAUGUCAGGCCAGUAAGCGAAAGGUUGCUGACAAAUGCUUUGCCCUUGAGCAAGGCACUAAACCCUAGUUUCCCCCAGGGAUGCUGUACUACUAUGGCUGAUCCUGUAAAACAUGUCAUUGCACCUAUCCAGUGUGGCAACAAACCAUUGGUUUAUGCAAGUCUGCCUGGAAUGCCAGUUUCACAAUCACUGGCAUUUCAUAUGUAAAUGUUUUCACAUGUUAAGCUAUAUAUAAAUGUAAUACUUGCCCCAA